GUAUCACCUCGCUUGUGGACCCCGCUAACACGAAGUGGGGUCACUAAUAGUACUUGCGACAUAAUGGUUUGGAGCGGAGCUACGACCUCAUGUCACCUACGCAUAUAGUUGGGUAAACACAGCAAGUUCACCAGGCUCUCUGGUACCAACCGCCAUCUCAUCCAGUUAACCAGCCACACGGUGUUCCACAGAACAUGAGUAAUCCUGGGUCACCUCACGACGCUCCCGCUGCUCCAGGCCAGAGAGGGCCUUUAUUCAGCCCUAUGGGGAGCGCGCACGGCACUGCACCUCCAACUCCAAGUAUCAUCAACUCAAGCAUCAUGCAGUCCCCUGCUCCGAAUGGGACACCUUCAGUCCCUCCGGCUUCGAAUCCUGCGAGCCAGCCACAACCCAAUCCAUCGGAUCUACCACCUAAUUACAUGUCUCCAGACUUCAUUCAAUCUAUGUCAGCAUCGGAGGACUUAGACCCAUCUAUGUUUCGGACAGAUUUUGAGCGAGCUUUCCGUGAAUGGUUCGAUGAUCCUCCAGGCCAAAGAGGGCCUUCAUCCAACCCUACGGGGAGCGCACUCGGCACUGUACCCCCGACUCCAAAUACCACCAACGCAAGCAUCAGGCAGUCCCCUGCUCUGAAUGGAAUACAUUCAGUCCCUCUGGCUUCGAAUGAGCCCAUGUUUCGGGCAGAUUUUGAGCGAGACUUCCGUGAAUGGUUCGAUCCGACGGGUGUGGAUUUCAGGUGAACGGUGGAUGGAAGAUAUGAUUUUUUUCGGGCUAUGUGUUUGUCUGAUUCCUCUUGCUUUCCGAACAUUUUUACCUCGAUUCAUACGUGUACAUGUUUCACUUUACCCUGACCCUUUGUUUUCUCCCUCUUUGCGCGGAAUAAGGAUGUCUUAGUUAUUGCAAAAGCAGCGACAUAUUGUCUCCUCCCAGU